AUGGCUCAAGACACCGAUGCGCCCAAGGCUGCGGACAAGGGCAAGGGAAAGGCCGUGGACGAGUCCAAGGAUGAGAAGCCCAUUUUAAACGGCAAGAAGGAAGAUGAUAAGAAGGAUGCCGUCGAGGAGGAGCUCAGUGAGGAGGAUCAACAGCUCAAAAGCGAGCUUGACAUGAUAGUGGAGCGAUUGACAGAAUCGAACAAGGAGCUCUACAAAACAGCAUUAGAGGCGAUGAAGACUUCGAUAAAAACCUCAACAUCAUCAAUGACAGCAGUACCAAAGCCCCUCAAAUUCUUACGACCACACUAUGAAACCCUGACCAAAUUGUACGAGGAAUGGCUUGCUAGCGAGAACAAGACAUCGCUGGCUGAUGUUUUAUCUGUCAUUGGUAUGACCUUCUCCGACGAGGACAAGCAAGACACACUCAAAUAUCGUCUUCUCGCUCCGACGUCUGAUAUUAGCUCUUGGGGACAUGAAUAUGUGCGACAUUUGGCUUUGGAGAUCGGCGAGGUCUAUGGAAAACGAAUCACAGCUGAUGAGUCUACCUCGGACCUGAUCGACCUUGCUCUGAUACUGGUCCCGCUUUUCAUCAAGAGCAAUGCAGAGGCGGAUGCUGUCGAUCUUAUGAGUGAACUUGAAAUCAUUGAGCAGAUACCGAAAUUCGUCGAUGAGAACACCUAUGCCAGAGUCUGCUUGUACAUGGUUAGCAUGGUGAAUCUACUCACCUACCCCGACAAUGAGACCUUCCUUCGAACUGCCCAUAACAUCUAUAUGGAGUACAAGCAGUUCACUCAGGCUAUUGUCCUUGCUAUUCGAUUGCAUGAUGUUGAGCUUAUCAAGGCUGAUUUCGACAAAGCUGAGAACCCGACCUUGAAGAAGCAGUUGGCCUUCCUGGUCGCGCGUCAAAGAAUCGUAUUGGACCUACCUGAGAACAACGAGGAUGAGCAAGUGAUAUUGGAGUGUGCUUCUAAUCUUAAGCUGUCAGAGCACUUCAAGUCCCUUGGAAAGGAGUUGAAUAUUUUGGAUCCCAAGACAACUGAAGACAUUUACAAGAGCCACCUUGAAAGCAGUCGGGUAGCUGGUAUGACUAAUCUUGACUCUGCCAGGCACAACCUGGCUGCUGCGUUUGUUAACGCGUUUGUCAAUGCUGGCUUUGGAAAUGACAAGAUGAUGUUGGUUGAAGGUGAAAAGGAGAGUUGGGUUUGGAAGACCAAGGCCGAUGGUAUGAUGUCGACCGUGGCUUCUAUGGGUACUCUUCUACUUUGGGAUAUUGAGAAUGGGCUGGACAAGAUCGACAAGUACACAUACUCUGCUGAAACUGAAAUUUCAGCUGGAGCUAUGUUGGCGAUUGGUAUCAUGAACUCAGGUGUUCGUUUUGACUCGGAGCCUGCGCUGGCUCUGCUUGGAGAUGCUGAGAAGUUGCAUCACUCGAACCCCUUAAUCCGAACCGCCUGCAUUAUGGGCCUGGGGUUAUCGUACGCUGGUUCGAAUAAAGAGGAUCUGCUCGAGCUUCUGUUACCGAUUAUCAGCGAUUCAUCACAAGACAUGCAAAUCUCUGCCAUGGCUGCUCUGUCAUGCGGUCUGAUCUUUGUGGGCUCUUCCCACCCUGAUGUUACAGAAACUAUUGUGACAACGUUGAUGGAUGACGAACGAAAGAACCAGUUGACAGAUAAGUGGACCCGCUUCUUGGCACUUGGUUUGGGAUUGCUAUUCUUCGGCCGACAGGAAGAGGUUGACGUUAUUUUGGAGACUCUGAAGGCGGUGGAGCACCCCAUGGCUAAGGCGACUGCUGUUUUGGCAGAAAUUUGUGCUUGGGCAGGCACUGGAGCAGUGCUCAAGAUCCAGGAGCUGCUGCAUAUUUGCAACGAGCACAAGGAAGAGUCGGAUGACAAGAAGGGCGAUGAGUUGCUGCAAGCAUAUGCCGUCAUCGGCAUUGCGUUGGUGGCCAUGGGUGAGGAUAUCGGCCAGGAAAUGGUUCUUAGACAGUUUGGUCACCUCAUGCAUUAUGGCGAGGCGAACAUUCGAAAGGCUGUUCCGUUGGCCAUGGGUCUCAUCAGCCCAAGUAACCCGCAAAUGAAGGUUUACGACACACUCUCAAGAUACAGCCACGACAACGACCCAGAGGUUGCCAUCAACGCAAUAUUUGCCAUGGGGAUGCUCGGCGCAGGAACAAACAACGCCCGGUUGGCACAACUCCUGAGACAACUGGCCAGCUACUAUCACCGCGACCAGGAUGCUCUUUUCAUGGUCCGAAUUGCUCAGGGCUUACUACACAUGGGCAAGGGCACAUUAUCCAUCAACCCCUUCCACACCGACCGCCAGGUCCUCUCUCAGGUUUCUACUGCAGGACUGCUAGCCACGAUGAUUGCCCUGAUCGACCCCAAAGAGUUCAUCACGGGCACCUCCCAUUACCUGCUCUAUUUCCUAGUCACUGCUAUGCACCCUCGUUUCUUGGUCACCCUAGAUGAGCAGCUUAAGCCUCUCAAAGUCAAUGUGCGAGUUGGUCAAGCCGUGGAUGUUGUCGGGCAAGCUGGUCGUCCCAAGACCAUUACCGGAUGGCAAACACAGAGUACACCCGUCCUGUUGGGCUAUGGAGAGCGAGCGGAGCUUGAGGAUGAGGAGUACAUUAGCUUGAACGGUACUUUGGAGGGCCUGGUAAUCCUACAAAAGGUAAGGCGAUGA